AUGAAAGUCAAUGCUCGGCACGCAGAACGAAUUAAAUGUACAGGAUGCGGCUACCCAGGAGCGCCAGCUCACAGCACAGUGCGCUUCACGGAUAAUUUAGACGACGUGCUCGACGAAGAAGAUUCAUUGAUAAAAGACACUGUCUUCCCGACUGGAACUGUUGCUACUUACGCGUGUGAGCGCGGGUUUGAGUUGCUGGGACCUGCGAGAAGACAGUGCCAGCCUGAUGGCACUUGGACACCUGAAGGCGUACCUUUUUGUGAAUAUUCUAAACAACCAUUAAAAAAAUAA